AUGCCACUGAAGAAGAUGCUGCAACAGAUGGAGGGGUAUCACCUCCCUAAAAAUGAUACCGAGGAAGCAGGCCUCGUUAAUAAAUGUGCAACAGAACAAAACCCGAACAAAACAUGCGCUGAAAGCUCAUACAAUAGUGCUACACAAAAAUGCCUUACACAAAAUGCUACAUAUGAUGCCGAUGCCUCAAAUGCCGAUACCUCAAAUGCCAAUGCCUCAAAUGCCAAUGCCUCCUAUCCCAAUGCCUCCUAUGCCAAUGCCUCAAAUGCCAAUGCCUCAAAUGCCAAUGCCUCCUAUCCCAAUGCCUCCUAUGCCAAUGCCUCAAAUGCCAAUGCCUCAUAUGCCAAUGCCAAUGCCUCAUACGCCAAGGCGAAUGCCUUAAAUGCCAAUGCCUCAAAUGCCAAUGCCUCAAAUGACAAUGCCUCAUAUGCCAAUGCCUCAAAUGACAAUGCCUCAUAUGCCAAUGCCUCAUAUGCCAAUGCCUCAUAUGCCAAUGCCAAUGCCUCAUAUGCCAAUGCUCAAAAAGAUCAAAAUGCUCAAAAAGACCCAUAUGCCAAUGAGAACAAUGUCAGUGAUAACAAUGAUCCUGAGAGCUAUGACCCUGAUACUGACAUCAAUGAUCCAGAGAGUUAUGAUCAAGAUUUUGUUACCAAUGACCAUCAUACUGAUACAAAUGAGACUGUACAUGGUUCUUUCAAUCAAGGUCACACUAGAUUUGGAAAAAACAGUGGCAGACAGUGUGUAGCUAACAGUGCAAUGGCAAUGAUGUACAAUCAAAUUAAGGACAUUUCCACAUGGGACAGCCAUGAUCUUGACACAGUUCUUUGUAGAGGAAACAAACUUUAUGAAGAUUCUAUAAACCAGAGACAAUCAACUAGUCGUAGUGCAUACCUUCUUGUGUCAGACAUUUGUCCAACAGUAGACUUCUUUGGCAAAGAAUAUAGAUUUGUGUCUGGCGAUUCUCUGACUGGCUUUGUGAUGAAAGAUACUGAAGAAAUUGUUGAUAUUCCACAACAAAUGUGUCUCGAUGCUGCACUUCAAACAAUAUUUUCACAACAUGAUGCUACUUUUGUGACAUUUGGAGGAUCAACAUUUGCUGUGAUAGAAAGAAAUAACAAAUACCACGUGUUUGAUUCCCAUUCCCGGAACACUGAAGGAUUACAAGUCACUAAUGGUACUAGCAUACUUAUUCAAUACACAAGUCUGCUUCAGGUCUAUGAACACUGUUUGAAUCUUGCUCGGUCAAUGAACUUAAAUGCAAAUUCACAAUUUGAAAUGACAGGUAUGAGAAUUACCACUGGUGUAGAGCCACAUGACAACCGGUCUGACAAUGCGAGUGAUACCAAUGACAAUGAUGAUGUUGUGCAUAUUGAUGAACUCGAAGACAACUCACAGGAUGUAGAGCCACAUGACAACCGGUCUGACAAUGCGAGUGAUACAAAUGAGAAUGAUGAAGUAGUGCAUAUUGAUGAACUCGAAGACAACUCACGGGAUGUAGAGCCACAUGACAACCAGUCUGACAGUGCGAGUGAUACCAAUGACAAUGAUGAUGUAGUGCAUAUUGAUGAACUCGAAGACAACUCACAGGAUGGUAGUGUGGAAAUGAUUGAUAUUGACACAAAUGAGACUGUACAUGGUUCUUUCAAUCAAGGUCACACUAGAUUUGGAAAAAACAGUGGCAGACAGUGUGUAGCUAACAGUGCAAUGGCAAUGAUGUACAAUCAAAUUAAGGACAUUUCCACAUGGGACAGCUAUGAUCUUGACACAGUUCUUUGUAGAGGAAACAAACUUUAUGAAGAUUCUAUAAACCAGAGACAAUCAACUAGUCGUAGUGCAUACCUUCUUGUGUCAGACAUUUGUCCAACAGUAGACUUCUUUGGCAAAGAAUAUAGAUUUGUGUCUGGCGAUUCUCUGAGUGGCUUUGUGAUGAAAGAUACUGAAGAAAUUGUUGAUAAUCCACAACAAAUGUGUCUCGAUGCUGCACUUCAAACAAUAUUUUCACAACAUGAUGCUACUUUUGUGACAUUUGGAGGAUCAACAUUUGCUGUGAUAGAAAGAAAUAACAAAUACCACGUGUUUGAUUCCCAUUCCCGGAACACUGAAGGAUUACAAGUCACUAAUGGUACUAGCAUACUUAUCCAAUACACAAGUCUGCUUCAGGUCUAUGAACACUGUUUGAAUCUUGCUCGGUCAAUGAACUUAAAUGCAAAUUCACAAUUUGAAAUGACAGGCAUGAAAAUUAGCACUGAUAUACAGCCACAUGACAAUCAGUCUGACAAUGCAAGUGAUACCAAUGACAAUGAUGAUGUAGUGCAUAUUGAUGAGGAUGGUACAGUAGAUAUGAUUGAGAUUGACCAAAGUGAUGAUACGGCAUGUGAAACAAAUGAGAAUGAUCAAGAUGACAUGAUGCAUAUUGAUGAAUGUGACGACAACUCACAAGAUGGUAGUUUGAAAGAAACUGGAACUGACCAACAUGCAAUGCUAUUCUGCCCUGUAUCAUCAAAUGUAUGUGAACAGUUAUGCAAGAAGCUUGAUAUUCAACACCAAUGUGUAGCAAAGUCUCAAGAUCAUGAAUUUGGUGUAGAAAUUGAUGUACCAUGCAGAACAGUAUCCAUUGAAGGUGAUGGCAAUUGCUUCUUUAGAAGUCUUUCAUAUGCAAUCUCGGGCAAAGAAAACAACCACAGGAAAAUCAGACUGGCUAUUGUGACACAUCUAAAAGAACAUGCUCAAAGUUUCCAUCACUUCUUAAGACCAGGUUACGAGUCAGUUGAACAGUACAUUUCUCAAUCCAGAAUGUGGUAUGUUGGAACAUGGGCUACAGAACUUGAAAUACUUGCAGCUGCAAAUCUACUGGGCACUGACAUAUGCACAUACUCUGAUAACAGAUGGCUGAGAUAUUCAAGCAGGCAGUUAAACUCAGACACAGUGAACACAGGAACUGGCAUAUAUCUAAAUCAUGUUGGUGGAUCACAUUAUGAAGUGGUUGUUUGUGUGAACACAGUAGAUGCUUUGAGAAACUCAUGUACAGACAAAUAUUGUCAGAGACAUAUGAAUAUCAAGAGAAAUGCUGACCAGCUAUCUGCAGAUUUGCUGAAUGACAGAAAGUCAGUCUUGAAAAAACAAAAAUGUUCUGAUUCUAAAGAAAAGAGACCUGAUCACAGACCAACUAAAAAACCAAAAGGAAAGUAUGCACAGGCAAAAGCUAAAAGAGAAUAUAUGAGAGCCAAAAGAGAAUUAGAGAAAGAUAAUUCUGAAACAUUGAAUUUGAAUGUGAAACAGAGAAGACUUGCAAAAGAGAAUGAAAAGUACAACACUGACCUAGAUUUCAAGAACAGAAAGAAACUGCAAAGUUCAAAUAAAUACAAAGAUGAUGAAGCACACAGGGAAUUUGUCAAAAAAUACAGUACUAACAAAUAUGCUACUGUCUCUGAACACAAGGAAACAGUAAAAGCUUACAGCAGUCAGAAAUAUGCCACAGAUUCAAAACACAGGGAAGAUGUUAAAACGUACAGCAGUCAGAAAUAUGCCACUGAUUCAAAACACAGGGAAGAUGUUAAAACGUACAGCAGUCAGAAAUAUGCCACAGAUUCAAAACACAAGGAAGAUAUAAAAUCUUACAGCAGUCAGCAGUAUCGAAAAGAUGCAAAGCACAAGGAGGCUCUAAAAAAUCUCAGUUCAGAGAAAUAUGCAAAGGACGAAAAGCACAGAGAAAAUAAAAAGAACAACAGUAUCGAGAAAUAUGCAAACGAUGAAAAGCACAGAGAAAGUGUAAAAACCAACAGUACAGAGAAAUAUGCAAACGAUGAAAAGCACAGAGAAAAUGUAAAAACCAACAGUACAGAGAAAUAUGCAAACGAUGAAAAGCACAGAGAAAGUGUAAAAACCAACAGUACAGAGAAAUAUGCAAACGAUGAAAAGCACAGAGAAAGUGUAAAAACCAACAGUACAGAGAAAUAUGCAAAGGAUGAAAAGCACAGAGAAAAUGUAAAAACUAACAGUAUCAAGAAAUAUGCAAAAGAUGCAAAGCACAGGGAAUCUGUUAAAUCAGCAAGCAUUGCCAAAUACAAAGCUAGUGGUGAACACAGAACUAAUUUGAAAGAGAGACAAUCUGCCAGGGUUCUGCAAUUAACCAAAGAAAGGAAAAUAAUGGAAAAUGUUACACAAUCCUUUGCCAAAAACAUAUCUGAAGGUCCAGAAUUUGUGUGCUCAGUGUGUCAUCGAAGACUUUUCAAAAAACAGGUUGUACAAUGUAAAAGAACAGUGUAUGAAAACAAAGGAAGUAAUAUUGCCACUGUUGCUGAGAGAUGCAUCACAGAAAAUUACCUACACAGGUGCUCAGACAGUUGUGAUGACCAAUGUUCAUUUGUCGAUAGUCCAGAAGGCACAUUAUGGAUUUGCUAUACUUGUCAUAGGAAACUUUUGUCUGGUAAAAUGCCUGGAGAAGCUGUUGUUAACAACCUUGAACUGACCCCUGUUCCUAUGCAACUGCAAUGUCUCAAUGAACUAGAGCAGCACUUGAUUGCCUUGAAUAUUCCUUUCAUGAAAAUGAUGGCAUUACCAAAAGGUGGACAACAUGGCGUACACGGACCUGUAGUAUGUGUUCCCUCUAACAUUCAGAAAAGCACAAGUAUGUUACCGAGAAGUGAUAUAGAUGAUCAGAUGAUUAGAGUGAAACUGAAAAGGAAGAUUACUUACAAAGGCCAUUAUCAAUACCAGUUUGUCAACAAGGCUCAUGUUAAAAAUGCUUUGGAAUAUCUUCAAACAACUAACAAAUGGUACAGUGAUGUGAAUUUUAAUACAGAUUGGGUCAAUCCCUUGCCAGUUAUUGAUGAGGAAGAUGAAAUUAUUGAUUCUGAUACUGAAACAUUACCUGAGGUUGAAAAGGAUAGCUCAAACACACAAACUAAUGAAAAUGAAGAGUCUGAGAAAGAUCAUGGAUUACUCAUGAAUACAUGUCUACAACCGCUUGAUAUUGGCCAAGAAGUUAUGGAUCAAUAUUUUGAAAAGAUAACUUGUAUUGCACCUGCUGAAGAAAAUAAUCCUGUUCGACUACUGACAGACAAAAGCAAUGAAGCAAGGUCAUUUCCAGUUCUGUUCCCAUCAGGGUCCCCUACAUUCCAUGAUGAUCGUGAAGAGAGAAUUACAAUUGCACGUUAUCUACAUACACGCCUCAUGAAUGCUGAUAGCAGAUUUGCUCAAAACACUGACUACAUAUUUUAUGCACAGUAUCUUUCUGAAAUUGAUCAAGUUAUGUCAAAUGUUUCCAUUGCAAUGCGAAAAGGAUCACAGUCACAUGGUAAAAAUGUUACAUCUGAAAAUCUUACAGAUUCUGAUUCUCUGAGAGAGAUAUUAAAAUGUGAUGAAGGCUACAAGUUCUUGAAACCUAUCAGAGGAACUCCACCAUACUGGCAGUCUGCUCAGAAAGAUUUAUUUGCUAUGAUAAGACAACUCGGCAUUCCAACUUGGUUUUGUUCAUUUUCAUCAGCUGAUAUGAGAUGGCCAGAAAUGAUUGAAACGAUACUCAGAGAAGCAGGUGAUACACGGAAAGCCACUGAACUUGACUGGUCUGAAAAAUGUUCUAUACUAAGGAAAAAUCCAGUGACAGCAGCACGAAUGUUUGACCAAAGGUUCCAUUGCUUCUUGAAAGAGGUUAUCAUGUCACCAGCUGAACCAAUUGGAAAGAUAAAAGAUUACUUCUAUCGUGUAGAAUUCCAGCACCGUGGUUCCCCUCACACUCACUGCCUUUUCUGGGUUGAGAAUGCUCCAAAGGUUGAUGACGAUAAUGAUGAGUCAGUAACAUCUUUCAUUGAUAAAUAUGUCACAUGUGAUAUGCCUUCAGUUGAGAAUGAUGAAGAAUUGUUUGAUAUUGUCAACAGUGUACAAAAACAUAGUAAAAGACAUUCAAAGACAUGCAAAAAAAAUGGCACAACCUGCAGAUUCAAUUUUCCACGUCCUCCAAGCAAUGAAACUUUCAUAUCACGAGCAGGAGGUCUUGACAAUAAACCAAAAGAUGUUGUGCCCAAAACCUUGAAACAGUGCUGUGAAGAUCUUUUCAAUAUGAAAUUUAUGUCCAUACCAGAUGCUCAAAGAAUUUUGAAACUGAUUUGGCAAGGAUUAACAAAUGAUGAGCAAACAUUUGAGUCAGUUGAUGCAUUGUUCUCUGCCAUUGGUAUUUCGCAAGACAUAUUUCAACUAGCAUGUGAUACUCUAUCCAAAAAGACAAAUGUUGUGAUGAAACGCAAUCCCAAUGAUGUAUGGGUCAAUCAGUACAAUGCAGAUCUGCUCAGAUGUUGGAAUGCGAACAUGGAUAUUCAGUACAUAGUUGAUGCCUACUCUUGUGUUGUCUACAUCAUUUCAUAUAUCUCAAAGGCAGAAAGAGAAAUGGGAUUACUGUUGAAUCAUGCACAAACAGAAGCAAACAAGGAUAACUCUGAUGCAAAAUCUGCUCUCAAGAAACUUGGUGCUGUAUACCUACACAAUAGAGAAGUGAGUGCUCAGGAAGCUGUCUUUCGAGUUUGCAAUUUGAGAUUGAAGGAAGGAUCACGUAAAGUACAGUUCAUUCCAACCGUAGACCCUGUCAGAAUGAGUUUGCCUCUUAAAACACUGCAGAACAAACGAAAGAGUGGUGAACUAGAUGAAGAUGAAAUGUGGAUGACAAGCAUUGUUGAUCGAUACAAGAGCAGACCCAAAGGUGACGAGUUUGAUAACAUGUGUCUUGCAACGUUUUGCUCAGAAUACAGAGUGCUACCAAAAUCUGAAGUAUCAAAUGUUUCUGAUGACAAACGCCGUAGUCCAGUAGUAACAUUACAAAAUGGCCUUGGUCAUGUGAAAAAACGUACUCGGACUGAUGCAGCAGUUAUCAGAUAUGCCAGAUUUUCACGUACAAAGAAUCCAGAAAAACACUAUCACAGUAUAUUGCAGUUAUUCUUGCCAUACACAUUUGAUGCACAAUUAAAACCACCCGCAUUCAAUUCGUAUGAAGAGUUCUAUGAAACUGGUGCUGUUCAGAUUGAGAACUGUCCUUUGGAAACUGUGAAAGAGAUUGUUGACAGAAACAAAGCAAUGUUUGAGAAAGAUGGUGAUGUUAUUGAUGAAGCAGAGGAAUUGUUUGACAAAACAGGUCAAUUGGAAGAUGCUUGGGCUCAAAUCUGUCCAGAAACUGAAUCUGAAAGAAUAGCAUGUGAAGUUGAACACACUUGUACGACCGAUGAGGAAAGUGAAAGUGAAACUGCUAAGAACAUGCCUGAUUUGCUACUGAAGGAUAACACGUUAUCAAAAACAGAGGUACUUCAGAGUACAAUGUCAAAACAAGAGGCAGAAACUAUUCUGAGAUCAAUGAAUGAAGAACAAGCUGAAGUUUUCUAUAAAAUAAGACAGUGGUGUUUGGAUAAAAGGAAUGGCAAAAAUCCUGAUGCAUUUAAUCUAUUUCUGACUGGUGGAGCUGGUACUGGAAAGAGCCAUUUGAUCAAGGCAAUUUGCUAUGAAUGCACUAGACUGCUAGCCCCAAUGCAAAAUAAUCCAGAUGAUAACUCUGUGCUUUUGGUAGCUCCAACCGGUAUUGCAGCAUUUAACAUACAUGCUUCCACGAUACACAGUGCACUCUCAAUUGGAAUUGAUGCAAAACUGCCAUACCAGCCACUUGGUGAGGAAAAGAUCAAUAGUCUGCGAGCAAAGCUGCAAAGUAUCCACAUACUAAUCAUAGAUGAAAUAUCAAUGGUUGAUCACAAGCUGUUAUCAUACAUUCAUGGUAGAUUGAGACAGAUCAAACAAACUGCUGAUUAUUCACCAUUUGGAAAUGUAUCUGUAAUUGCUGUUGGAGACUUUUAUCAGUUAUCACCCGUUAAAGGAACACCAUUGCAUGUUGCCAAAAAUGGAUAUGACCUGUGGAAUGAUAAUUUUUCUAUUGCAGAAUUGACAGAGAUCAUGAGACAAAAGGACCCUGCAUUUGCACAACUUCUGAAUCGGUUACGAACACGAAAAAAGUCAGACCCUCUUGACACAAGAGAUAUACAUAUGCUCAAACAACAAGAAACUGGUGAAGAUGAUCCAGAAAGCAUUCACAUUUUUGCAACAAAUGCUCAGGUUGAUGAAUACAAUAUUGCUGCUCUUCAUUCUAAAUGCUCAGAUCCAAUUUGUAUUGACGCUCAAGAUUUCUCACGAAAUGCAAAAACAGGGAAACUUGAAAAGAGAGAAAUACCUCAUGGAAAAGUUCAUAACUCAGUCUUACAAAAAAGUCUCAAUGUUGCAAUUGGUGCGCGUGUGAUGAUCACAAAGAAUAUUGAUACAUCAGAUGGUCUUGUGAAUGGAGUCUUUGGAACUAUAAGCCACAUAUCUUUGACUGAUGGUGAAAGAUUUCCUUCAAAAAUACAUAUUGUGUUUGACAAAAUUGAUGUUGGUCAGAAAUUACGAAGAAUGGAAGGCACUGCAUCUGAAUUAGAUCCUAACAGUACUCCUAUUAAGCCACAAGAAGAAACUGUUUCAAACAAUGGAGGCAUUAGACGACAAUUUCCACUGAAACUAGCCUGGGCUUGCACCAUACACAAAGUACAAGGGAUAACUGUUAACAAAGCUGUUGUUUCAUUACACAAGGUAUUUGCAGCAGGACAAGCUUAUGUAGCACUAAGUCGUGUAUCUUCUCUUGAUGGUCUUAUCAUUCAGAAUUUCAAAGAAUCAGUCAUAUACAGCAGUGUAAAGGUUGAAGCAGCAGUGUCUAGUAUGCCAAAGUUCAUGACAAGAAAUCAGAGAAUCUAUGAUGGUCAUCCAACAUGCACGCUAAUUAUGCAAAACAUUGAGGGCCUUCAAUCACAUAUUAAAGAUCUGCAGAAUGACAAGAGGUUUUUAGAGUCUGAUUUCAUUUGCUUGACAGAAACAUGGUUAUCUGAUUCACAUCCAGCUGAUGAACCAAAACUUGAUGGAUUUACGUUACAUCAUAAACCCAGAUCAAAGUGUUAUGAAUCAUCUGAACCAAUACUGAUGCAACUGAAAAAUCAAAGACAUGGUGGUGUUGGAGUUUAUUCUAGUGAAGUCAAAACAUGUGAAUUUACUCAGUUACCAGUAUCUAAUUUAGAGUAUCUGUGUAUGUACGUCAUGGAAGUACAAGCUCAUGUUGUUGUUAUCUACAGGCCAAGCUCAUACACAGUUGAUAUUUUCAGAAAGCAUAUGCUUCAACUUGUUCAGGAACUUGAUAACCGUUCUGGUCGAUCAAUCAUCAUGGGUGAUUUCAAUGAAAAUAUCUUGUCAUCAUCUUCAAUACAGACUAUGAUGGAAUCAAAUGGAUUUACACAGAUGGUUUCAGAACCUACUACUGAAGGUGGAACGCUUCUUGACCAUGUAUAUGUGAAAGGACUUGAGAAUGUAUCUGUUCAGAUUCUUCCUACAUACUUUGGGUAUCAUGAAGCUAUUGAAAUCAAAUUAUGA